CUCCGACGCCAUCGGUGCGCGCCGCGGCGGCGCCAUGGCGGAGGUGCGGGUGAAGCCGGAGGCGCCCGACCCGGUGGACAUCGAGAGCCGGAUAAUCGAGCUGUGCCACCAGUUCCCUCACGGCAUCACCGACCAGGUGAUCCAGAAUGACAUGCCGCACAUGGAAGCCCAGCAGCGAGCCAUGGCCAUCAACAGGCUGCUCUCCAUGGGGCAACUGGACCUUCUCAGGAGCAAUGCAGGUCUCCUGUAUAGAAUCAAAGAGUCUCAAAAUGCAAGUAAAAUGAAAGGCUCUGACAAUCAAGAGAAGCUGGUUUACCAAAUUAUAGAAGAUGCAGGCAACAAAGGUAUUUGGAGCAGGGACAUUAGAUACAAAAGUAAUCUGCCUUUAACGGAGAUCAACAAGAUACUGAAAAACUUGGAAAGCAAGAAACUAAUUAAAGCAGUUAAAUCUGUGGCAGCAUCCAAAAAGAAGGUGUAUAUGCUAUAUAACCUGCAGCCUGACCGGUCAGUGACGGGUGGGGCUUGGUACAGUGACCAAGACUUCGAGUCUGAAUUUGUGGAGGUGUUAAAUCAACAAUGUUUUAAAUUUCUACAGAGUAAGGCAGAAGCAGCUCGCGAGAGCAAACAGAACCCCAUGAUACAGAGGAACAGCUCAUUUGCAUCAUCGCAUGAGGUGUGGAAAUACAUCUGUGAACUGGGUAUCAGUAAGGUAGAGUUGUCAAUGGAAGACAUUGAAACCAUUUUAAAUACGCUAAUAUAUGAUGGAAAAGUGGAGAUGACAAUUAUUGCUGCAAAGGAAGGGACGGUAGGCAGUGUGGAUGGACAGAUGAAGUUGUACAGAGCUGUCAGUCCUCUCAUACAACCUACCGGAUUAGUCAGGACACCCUGCGGACUCUGCCCGGUUUUUGAUGAUUGCCAUGAAGGUGGUGAGAUUUCUCCAUCAAACUGUAUUUAUAUGACAGAGUGGCUGGAGUUUUAAGGUGAAAGAAAAACUGUAAACUGGAUUCAUUCUAUAUAGCCAAGGUGACAAAGCAGCUUGCUUUUUUAAAAGUGGACUUCCAAAUUUGUGAACAACUUCAAGACAACUUCAAGUUCCUUUGUUUUUCAAGUAAACAUAAAGCAGCAACACAUCAAUUGCGUGUCCUGUGAGUGGGCUGAAAAUCAAACCAGGACUGAAGAUCAAGGCUGAAGUGAAAACAGAUCCAUCCUUGUACACAAAUAUGUGUGACUUGAAAAAUGUCAUAGAACUGGGUGGUGAUGUGUCACUUUCAAGGAUUGUGUUGAGUACUCUGCAGACAUUUACUUAAAAUGAGAGAAAAUAAGUCAUCAGCCGAUCAGAAAAACUUGCUGGUGAGUGUUGCCAAGAAUGAGAUCCCAAACUUUGCGUUCAGACUAAUGCUGCUGAUGGAGCUUAAGUCCUAAAGCUGACACUUUUUUUUUCCCAUGAUAGCUACCAUCUAAUUGGUGGCUAAAAAUCUAAUGUGGGAAAGAUCCUAAAUAUGUUAAAUAGAACUCACUGAUUUCUUCACCAUCUUUCUUACCUGCUAAUUUAUCAUUAAAAUGCCGUUUGAUUUUUCUUA